CUUGUCACCACUGACUGCUGCACACAGAGGAAACGGUACGCUGCUCUCUCUCGGGCUGUGCUCAGACCCUAUCUCUUAUCUCAUCCGCCCUCGGUCUGUUUACACGCAAAACAGUCCGUUGUUGACUGGAAUACGAUACGAAGAUCCUGCUUCUAGGCUGGUUUUCUACAAGUGUUCUUCUGCUCAGUAUGCCAGAACGCAUGGACUAAUUUAACGACGAUGGCUUCGUUGCGAAUGGUCGCCAAACUCCGGGCUGGAGUUGUCGGAUGUACUGAACCGUUCCGCUACGCACUCAAAACAACCCGAUCUCCGGUGAAAUUACUGCAUACGGUAUUCAAGCAUCAGCAUUCAGUCUGGUUUAGCCAGGCUAAGUCUCUGUGGCUUCAAGUCAUGUGGAGAUUGAUCCAUCCCAGACAGCCACAGUGGAGAUGUCCUCCCCAAGUGGUCUUCUGCAGUACUGUAGCACCCUCUAGUGAUGUGGUGUUGCAGUAUAAACAUGGACGUCCGGUGCUGGCCGUGCUGCUGCCCUCCAGGCAGGAGAGCUGUCUGUUCUUCCUCAGGCCCAUGUUAAUGACUGUAGGAGACCUCAUCCACGACCUGCAGAGAGAAGACCCAGGAGUCACCUCUGUCUCUGUGCUCACCAAGGAUGGAGUGCGGGUGGCUAACAGCACCUCUAUAGACAGUCUCCUGGACAAAGACUUCCAGCUCCUCAUCAAUGAUGCUGUAUACAACAUCCACUCCCCUGAAAGAGAGGCGUCCAGUGUGUCCAGUGAGCAUGUGGUGGACGUGGAGGACAUGAAGCACAUGGUGCAGCUGCUCCACACGGCCCUCCACCUGCCUGACCACCACCUGCUGAAGGAGAGACAGCUGCUGGAGAGACUGGAUGGACUCAAACAGGACCUCUCACCUCUAGAACAGGUGAAGGCACAGCUAGCGCGCAGUGCGGAGUUCCACUCCUCCAGGACUCUGUGGACAGGUGUGGCCCUGCUGUCUGUGCAGGGCGGGGCCUUGGCCUGGCUCACCUGGUGGGUGUACUCCUGGGAUGUCAUGGAGCCCGUCACCUACUUCCUCACCUACUGCACCAGCAUCGGAGUCUUCGCCUACUAUGUCCUCACCAAGCAGGAUUAUGUCUAUCCAGACGCCAAAGACAGGCAGUUCCUGUAUUACUUCCACAAGGGUGCCAAGAAGGAGCGCUUCAACGUGCAGAAGUACAAUGAGCUGAGAGAGGAGUUGGCUUCGGUGGAAGAAGAUUUGAGACGUCUAAGGAAUCCAACCCAACUUCAACUCCCUGUAGAACAGAUCCAGAGCCAGCCAUGAAGAGUAACACCACACACACACACACACACACACACCACGUCAAACUGAAGGACUACUGAGCAGCAUUUCUUCCCAUUUUAUUUUGAUAACGAUGCCUUUUUCUUACUAACCCUGCAGAUCAUUUGAGUUUUGGUUUACACCGUUUACAAUGUUGGAAGUCAUAUGUGCUAAUAGAAGUAUAGUAAAAAAUAUCAUAUGAAAAAGCAUCUUCCUGAAUACUAAUCAACUUUUCUCUGCAUUCCUGGCCGUUGCAGUAAUUCAAUAUAGUAGCUAGUUUAGUUUCUAUAGAAGAGCAAAGUUCUGAAUAGUGAUGACGUGUAUAUGACGAGAUGAUCCAUUCUGAAUGUUUACAAAGAUUAAGAGAACUGAGACAAAUUACAUUUCGAUAUUUUAUUGCACCUCAAUUCAGACCUUUUUGUUUCAAUCAUCAAAACCCCAAACAUAUUUCAACAGUUUCACAACUUUCAUUUUAUAAAUGAGAGAUUCUAAUUCAAUAAGAGCCCCACACACCUGUGCAAAUUCUGUUAGUGCAAAUUCUAUUAGUGCAAACCCAAUCUCCCAAAAGGUCAGAGAUAAAUUUCCCUGGUGGACCACAUAACAAGAAAAGUACAUUACUCUUACUAAGCAAUGGUUCCUUAUAUUCACCCAUGGAGACUAAAAUAGUCCUCAUUUUCUUAUACACAAAUAGAAACAUGAAUUGGUGUCCAGCACUCAGGUUCACAUACAAAUGAGUAAUACCUCGUGCAUUGUCAUUGCUUUAGUAAAUAUCUCCACGUGACUAACAAUGAUUUAUUUUUUGAAACAUGAGAUGGUUGGUUGUUUGGAAUUCUGAGAUGUCUUAUCUGAGCUAUAUAAUGCAAUACUUGUGCAUCUUUUCUGGCUGAAGAAUAUGGCUGUAGUCACGUGGUGUAAAAAAUGCUAUUUAAAAAGAUUGGUACUGUUAAAGUUGUUCAAUAUUGGGGCGGCAGGUAGCCAAGCGGUUAGAGAUGCGUAAUUGACCAAUAAAGUGAUCUUAUGAUGAAACAGUUGUCAAAUACCCUCAAUAAAAAAGAACAAUGGUAAAAA